AUGUUCUCAUACACAUCGCGCUCUUUAAUUGGAGUGAGCAAACGCCUUUGGGCGCCUGUCCCAUUCCGCUCUCUAUCAUCCCCAACCCAACCAACUCCGCCGGAGCAAGAGAAGACACCCGUUCAAGACCCAACACCUACCCCUACACCGGUUACACCUGCAGAAGCUGCCCCUGUGGCCCCUACUCCUGCUGCCACACCCAUCACGACUCCCACCGCUACCCCCGCUACCGCCCCUGCAUCAACUGCUCCAGUAGCAUCGACGGAAGCUGAGCAAGUUACUGAGCCUAGCGUGAAAGAAUGGUCUGAACGGUUAGGAGCUUUUGAGGACAGCCGACUUCCACGAAGCGUGCAAGCCAUAUACCUACGGCCUUUGCGGAGGAAGGCAGAGUAUGGCCUCCCAGUCUGCGACCUUCAAUUGCGAUCAUACAGUGUCCGUAAUGUAGAGUUCUUCGCGGACUUUGCCAUCCGUGCUGCUUACUACCUCAACCUUCCUGUGUCUGGGCCUGUGCCUCUGCCCCGCAUUGUUGAACGCUGGACCGUACCCCGAAGCAACUUCGUCCACAAGAAGAGCCAGGAGAACUUCGAACGAAUCACUCUCCGUCGACUGGUUCAGAUCAAGGAUGGAAACCCACAAGCGGUGCAGGCAUGGCUUGCAUUCCUCCGGAAGCAUGCAUUUUAUGGAGUCGGUAUGAAGGCAAACAUCUGGGAACAUGACAGUCUCGAUGCUGGUAAGGCUAUGGACGCUUCUGUUGCCGAGGUGGAAGAAGCUCUUCGCCCAGAACUCGCGCGAUUCGCCCAAUUGAAGAGAUGGAGGAAAGAGGCCUUUGCAACAUUGCUUGCUGUGGGCCUGGAUCCUAAGCGCUCUACAAUAUUCUACCAGUCCGAUGUGCCAGCACAUGCGGAGUUGAUGUGGAUUCUCAGCACGGUGGCUUCCAUGGGGUAUCUGUCGCGUAUGACGCAGUGGAAGAGUAAGCUACAGCUGCCAGAAGACACCUCGCUGGAUGAUUCGACGGCACGGGCACAACUGCGACUUGGUCUUUUCUCCUAUCCAGUGCUACAAGCUGCUGAUAUCCUUGUGCACCGAGCUACGCAUGUCCCGGUUGGAGAAGAUCAAAGACAGCACCUGGAGUUUUCCAGAUAUACCGCGAACAGCUUCAACCACCUCUACGGGCCCAUCUUCCCCAUCCCAGAGGCCUUGAUAUCCCCUGCUAAGCGAGUGAUGUCCCUUAAGGAACCCACCUCAAAGAUGUCCAAAUCGCAUGCCGAUGAAAAAUCCCGGAUCAUUCUUACCGACUCGCCGGCCGAAAUCCGCAAGAAAGUCAAAGUAGCCCUGACAGACUCGGAAGCAGGCAUCACCUACGACCCGACCUGUCGGCCUGGGGUGUCCAAUCUCAUCGAGAUUCUAAGCCACCUGGAAGGUGUAUCAUGCGAGGAUAUUGCGGCUGACUUCCACAGUGCAAGUCUCCGAUCACUCAAGGAACAUGUUGCAGACCGUAUCGCCUAUCAUUUGCAGGAGACCCGGGAUCGGUAUAUUACGAUUAUGGAGGAUGAGACUGGAUACCUGGAGUCAGUGGCUGAGGAGGGAGCCGAAACAGCUCGGGCCAACAGUCGGGUGACCAUGCACCAAAUCCGGGAUGCGAUGGGUCUGUGA